AUGGCCGCGAUGAAGGGCAGCAUUGUUGUAGCUUUAAUUACGUUCUUACCACAUGUUUCGUGUCAGGUAACCGAGAUUGGCGGGUGUCCCCUAGUCAGGGUGCUCGACAAGUUUGACCCAAAUAAGUUCUCCGGUAAGUGGUUCGAGGUUGAACGAACGCAUCGACGUGGGCUGCCCCGUCUCAGCUGCGUCGCUGCCGAGUACUACUACGACGGCCAAGGGAAGUUCUCUACAGCAAACACCGCAGUGCUCCCGAAUGGCCACCUGAACCGUGUGCUGGGCGAGCUCUCCAUCACUAACCAGACAGAACCGGCCAAAAUGACCAUGCGGUUCCUGGCACAAAAUCCGGAGCAGCGGCCCUUCUGGGUUCUCUACGCAGACUACGAAAACUGCUCCAUCGUGUACCGCUGCCUACAGCUCUUCUGGCUACACACGAAGUACGCCUGGAUCCUGUGUCGCAACCACACGUCCACCGAGACCUACCUGGUCAACAUGCGCAGCUACGUUCAGCAGUGGACAGGCAUCAACCCACAGCAGUUCAGCAAGACGCCCUGCAAGUAA